AUUAAAGUUAGGUUAGCAAAUUAGAAGAACGGCUCUGUUCAUCUUUCGUGGUGUCAGACAGCUUUGGCUUAGCACCAUCCUCUCUUCUUCUUCCUUCUUCUUCCUACUUCUUCGUUUUCGUAGUAUAGUAAUCAGACUCGGAUAAAAAACCUAAUUCUUUCGGAGAAUCGACACCUCUCUCUCCUUGCUUACACCUCGACUUUUUCUCGCCGAAUUAUCUCUGUUGUAGAGCUGUGAUGGAUCCAGCACAGAACACAAGCUCAGGGAUUGGUGGGAGCAAUGGUACGGUGAGAUAUCAGACCAAUGAUGGCAUUGCAACUGUUUCUUCUGCUGCUGCUGACGAUUCAAAGGAGAAUUUGAACCAAGUCAUAAACUCGAUACAGAAGACUCUGGGACUUCUUCAUCAGUUACACCUUACCGUCUCUUCUUUCACACCUGCAUCUCAGCUGCAUCUCCUACAACGCCUCAAUUCUCUUGUGUUGGAGCUGGAUAGCAUGGCUAAGCUGUCCGAGAAAUGCAACAUUCAAAUCCCCAUGGAAGUUCUUAGCUUGAUUGAUGAUGGUAAGAACCCGGACGAGUUUACAAGGGAUGUUCUUAAUAGCUGCAUAGCCAGAAAUCAAGUUACAAAGGGCAAGACUGAUGCUUUUAAGGAUUUGAGAAAACAUAUCCUGGAGGAGCUUGAACAGACUUUUCCUGAUGAAGUUGAUAAGUAUAGAGAAAUCCGUGCUAGUUCUGCUGCUGAAGCUAAACGUCUGGCUCAAUCACAAACUGUGCUACCAAAUGGAGAUGCGAAGGUCAAGAGUGAGCUAUAAGAGCCCAGUUUUCCUAUGGAUCUUUACCUUUGUAAAAUAAAGUUUCUGAGUAGAUGAACGUGGAUGUAAACGAACUAAGCCACAUUACUAGUGAAUAGCGACUCUU